AUGUGGUUUUUUACCUGGAUUAAUUGGCUUUUUCAUCGGAUCUUCUGCCAUCGUGUGGAAGAGCCCGAGGAGCAAGAAACACUGCCGACACAUUCAAUAUGGAAACUUUUGCUAAAAUAUUUGCUAAAAUAUUUGAUCGCGGUUGGAGCGGCGGUUAAUGUGUUUCUUAACGUUUGGACUCUAAGCCGACAAACGAUUGUCAGCUGGAAAUGCACGUCCUCAUAUCUCGAGUUUUUGUGGGUGGUUAUCACAUUAAUUCCGGUCUGCUUUGCGGUAGUAGCUGCAUCGUUCGAGUGGUAUAACUAUACCCAGAGCGGGCUUCAAUGGACUUUGGGGCCCAGAUUCUUUUACUCUCUGUCAAAUAUUGCUGGUGCUGUACAUGUUCUUUUCGGGACAGUGAUGCUUUCAUCUGUCCUGUUUAUUGGAACAUUAGAUGCAUUGGGGGUAGUCGGACGGUUGACAGCUUCAACUGUUGUCUGUCAAUUUAUCACAGCGCUGGAGUUGGAGCGUCUGGAGGAUCAUAUCACAGAACAAGAGAAAAAGAAGCCUCAUGGGCAACCCGGGCCUGGGAUGCGAGCUGAGGAGUUGCAAAAGGAGCGAGAGAGAAAAGGAGAGUUUAUCUCAUUGUUGCAAAUGGAACGCUGUGCUAUAGCUAUUGAAGGUUCGAGCACUCGAUCGUGA